CAGAAAACGUAAUUUCUGCCCAUCCCGCCGCGUGCUCUGACGUGACAUUAUGGAAUGUUGAAGUCUAAAAGAGCUCGAGGCGGUGUGCGCGAGCGAACAUUCUGACUCAACCGUGGAGCGCGGAGCUGCCAGCACUGAGAACAGUUGUUAACAGCGUCGUUUUAACGCCUUUUCCUCGCGCUGGGGUUAUGGGCCGGGCAUUUUUCUGAGGGAGUGUCGAACAGCCCGUUUUCCUACAAUCGUUUUACCCACGGAAAUGAUGAAGAAAGACAUUAACCUGAGCCUUACGGACAAUUCUGACCUAAAACCGCACAUUCGAGACGUUGACAGCAUCCUGAGCUCCACAGAUUUGGGGCUGCUUAAGCUGGCCUCUCCCGAGCUGGAGAGACUCAUCAUCCAGUCCAACGGAAUGGUAACGACGACGCCGACCAGCUCCCAGUUCCUGUACCCGAAGACGGUGACGGACGAGCAGGAAUUCGCCGAGGGCUUCGUGAAGGCGCUGGAGGAUCUCCACAAGCAGAACCAGCUGAACGGAGGCGGCCAGACGAACGGCAGCCUGGAUCUGGGUGCUAACAUCGUUCCGGCCGACCUGCCGGUGUACACCAACCUGAACAGCUACGGCGGCAGCGGCCCGCUGGGAACCACCGUCAACUACUCCACGGACACCGUCCCCUUCCCGCCUCCCCCGCCGCAUCACCUGGGGGCAGCCCCGCCGCCGCAGCCGGAGCUCUCCCGGGUCCAGCCGCUGAAGGAGGAGCCGCAGACGGUCCCCGACGUGCAGAGUUUCGGGGAGAGCCCCCCGCUGUCCCCCAUCGACAUGGACUCACAAGAGCGGAUCAAAGCCGAGAGGAAGAGACUCAGGAACCGGAUCGCAGCCUCCAAGUGUCGGAAGCGCAAGCUGGAGCGGAUCUCCAGGCUGGAGGACAAGGUCAAGACGCUGAAGACCCAGAACACCGACCUGGCGUCCACGGCCAGCCUGCUGCGGGAGCAAGUGGCCCAGCUGAAGCAGAAGGUCCUCAGCCACGUCAACAGCGGCUGCCAGCUGCUGCCCCACGAAGUCCAAGUGCACUAAGAGACGCCCCGGAGGCUGCUGACCAGCACAUAAGCUUCAUGGACUUAGUCCGUGCUGGACUCUGUAGCCUUGUAGGCCAGAUGGACUGUUCACAACCCAGAUCUGGGUUUCAAGAUGUAAGCUUUGGUAGCAAUUCCCACUAUUCCAUCCAUCCAGUCCAAAUUGAAAUUGUAAUUAUUGAUCACCAGCUGAUUGGAUAGACAAUUAGGCCCAUAUUCGACCCUAGAAAUCUUCUACCUCUUAUAUGUGUUUACUGAUAAAAUGCAUCCAAUGAACUGAAGCUAUAAGAUCAUGAUUUUUUUUUUCUCCAGUAAAAAUGUUUACUGACUCUCUGGACCAAACACAUCAAUGUGCACCAGAACACCCCCACAUUUGAUAUAUAAAAUGAUCUAUAUACAGCAUUUAUGAUAUUUAUUGCAUUUCUGUACGGAACAGCUUGCAUGUUGCUGACAAACUCGAAUGUUGCCCUUGGCUUGGUGCCACCGGGGACAGUUUUACCAGUGUUUUUAUUUUUAUUUUCCACCUUAACAUAUGUGUAUUUAUCUUUUUACUAUUUUUUUACUGUGUUUAUGUCAGUGUAUUUUCUUUUUUUAACAUUCAGUUGUAACCCGUUUGUUUGUUGCACUGACUCGGUCAAGUGUGACUUGACUUCAUGCCAUCAUGUUCUGAAUUAAAUGCUGCUCUGCCAUAAAACCCAGUUUGCUUGCAACCUGAUUAUUCCAAAACCAAUAAAUUCUCAUCUAAACAUCAA